CCCCAGUUGUUGUGAGGAUUAUGGCCAGCUCUGGGAUGUCACUCUACAGGAAGAUGUUGUUUAUGUUCGCCUGAUGACUGUGAUGACAGGCUCGUUUGUAAUUUUGCUGCUGUGUAGCUUUCGAGCAUAUUUAGGAUUUUUAAGGCGUGUUCUUUUGUGUGUGCUUUGGUUAAGAUGUAUUUCAGGGAAAUCGGUGAAAUUUGACUUCGGAGCAUCUAAUGAAGAUAGUAUGAAAAUAGAGACAAAGGAGGGUUAGCAAAACGUCAUCGGUAAAUCGGUGAACUGUGAAGAUCAUGAUGGUGUAAACGUUACUCCAGAAAAGACAACAUAAUGAAGACCAGGCUGGCGGUGGUUUCAGUUCUGAUAGCAGCGGUCUGUCUAUCAAAUUCAGUACAAGCUCAAAGUAGGCAAGAGGUCACUCUGCAAACAAGUCUUGGAAAUAUAACCGGAUUCAUAGACUUCAGAAAUGCCACGAUUUUCUACAACAUUCCAUAUGGAAAAUCCCCUGUUGGAAUUCGCAAGUUUGCCAAACCGGAACCCUUUGGGAAAUGGAGUGGAAAUAGAGAUGGAACGAAUCCUUCACCUUUGUGUCCACAACCAAGAACUAAGGAGUUGGAUACGCUAGGAUUACAAAUGGAUGAAGAUUGUCUUAUACUCAAUAUAUACACUCCUGUCAAUAUUGAAGACCAGGUUCCUGUCAUGGUGUGGAUUCACGGUGGGGGUUAUGUGGCGGGCGGAGCGAUACAAUACGACGGUUCUGCUCUAGCAACCACUGGUAACGUAGUGGUGGUGUCCGUAAACUAUCGACUGGGAUUAGAAGGGUUCCUAUCUUUUGGUGAUGAUUUAGGGAAAGGAAACUAUGGCAUAUGGGAUCAAAUCUUGUCUCUUCGUUGGGUAAAGGACAAUAUAAAAGACUACGGUGGUAAUCCGAAUGAGGUGACGAUAUUUGGAGAGUCCGCUGGUGGCAUGAGUGUAUCACAACUAUCACUAAUUCCGAGUAACAAGGGUCUGUUCAAGCGAGCGAUAAUGCAGAGUGGCGUUGCAAACUCUUUAUUUGCAUUUCGUCCUCGUGAAUCACACAGAGCAAUAUGCGACCAGCUAGGUUGCCCUUAUGACGAACUGAAUACUACAGCUUCGUUACAUUGUAUGCGUCAAAUUAACACAUCAUCCAUUAUAAAUGUUACAGCAAACAUUAUCUCUAGAACAGUUUCGACUCGGCUUCCGAUUGGUCCAGUUAUUGAUGGCGAGUUAUUCAAAAGGUCCAUUAAGAACAUUUUGACCGACAAUGAUUCUGAAGAACUAAAAUUCUUUCGUUCCUUGGACGUUAUGAUUGGCACUACUGAUAGCGAUGGUUCACUUGUUAUAAGAUUAAGUGAGAAAGUUCAAAAGGAAUAUGGAUUUAAUAUUUCGGAUGGCGGACUGCCUUUUCAAUUCUUUUGUGAUGUGUUCAUCCCAAGUCUUGUUAAUGAUUACUACAAAGGAAAUUCCAGAGUUUCAGACGCUUUGUGCAAAAUGUAUGGAAGGCCAAAUGACCAAGCUGAGAACAGUCGCCAGGCUGUCAAAAUGUAUGGAGACAUUUUCUUUCUUUCUCCAGCGAUGGAAACUCUGGCUGUUCAUGCCAAAAAUAAUAAUUCAUCCAAAACUUAUCAAUACGUGUUUUCCGAGUGGAGCCUCCCGGUAUUCUUUGAUGCAACAGUAUUUCCGCCGUGGUUCGAAGGUGCAGGUCAUGCAACGGAACUUAUCUAUCUUUUCUUUUUAGAGUUCUUACAAAUGAUUUAUCCCCAUUUAAUUGUUAAUCUAGAUGAUCAUCAGCUUGCAAAUAACUUGCGUGUCCAGUGGACAAAUUUUGCAAAAUUUGGGAACCCUAAUGGUGCGGAGUCUGUUGUUGAAGAUUGGCCGCAGUUUGAUACAACUGACAGAAAGUUUUUGCAGUUGAAUAAAAACAACAUGACUGUUGGAGUGAAUUACAGAGGAGAUGAAAUUCAUUUUUUCUCAAAAACGGUCCCUGUUAUUCUUCAGUCGACAAGCUCAGCACCAUUGAUGUGUGUUGGCCUCUACUAUCAUGCUCUUUUGUUAUUUCUAGUUGUAUUAAUUCGAAAUAUGUUGCAGAUUUAGCAUCAAGUACAUCUAGAUACUAGUAUACAUUUGUUUAUUUUUGUACAGUUGUAUAUAUUUCUAGUCUCCACCAUUAGCAAAUGAAUAAAAUUCAAACAUAAAAUAUUUAUUUACAUAUUAGAUUUAUUAUAGUUUAAAAUAUUUUAAGAAUCAACAUGAUAUUGGAUUUUUUUUCACAGUAACAUAAACGUUGUUUGUUAGAAAUUAUAGUACAAUUCUCAGUUAACCUUGGACUUUCUGUACGGCGUGGCAUUUAAUCAGCGUCUGCCAAAUGGCAUAGAGAUUCUCAUUAGAUAAGAAAUUAAUAACAUCAGGAACUUUAAAUUGUUAAGAUAAUGAUGAGACGGCUUAAGUCUCAUCUCUUUGCCGUACGAGACCUUGUUAUUGUAUUUGCUACACUAGUUGACAUUCGCCCGAAUUUCUAUCCCAUAUAUAUUUUUUUUCUUCUAAAAUUCAAAUAUUAAUUGUUUGCAUUAUAUAUCUUUUAGCUGCAUUUCAGUUUUCUACAGAUGUACCAACUGUUUGUUUCUUGGGUUUAUCGCUAAAUCAUUUCAUUACUUUUGUUAUACUGUAUAGUAAUAAUUAAUAAAACAAAUGACACAUUACAUUUUUUUUCAACAAUUUUACAAAUGCAAGUCCUGUAGUUUUGUAAAUUGAAUUUUUAAAAUAAACAAUGCUAACACCCAAAUAAAUAUCAAAAAACAUCUGGUAAACAUUACUUUUAUUCUUAGAAUGUCAUUUUAGUUCAUCAUGACACCUCAAUUUGUUCUUGCCAUAUGGCCACAGGAUAUCAAACCUGCCUGGCCACAUUUCUCUCAGCUUAAAAGUACUUCACCCUCAAAGACAAGAACCCAGUCUCUUCCCUGACAGGUUUAUACCAGUCAUUUUUAAGGCAUGGACAAAUCCAUUUUGUAAUCCAUGGGUUUUGCAUCCAUUCUAUUCCCCCAGAUUGGACACAAAACCCGUGGCAUGUGACGAUGGGACAAAGCAUCAAGCAUAACUGAUGAAGAUAAACAAUGAGAAGGAACAGACCUGGAUUUGUUGUGGAAUCAUUAGUCAGGUGCUCUACUUACUGAGCUUUCUAAGCUGGUCACCGCGGUAACCAAACUGGCCUGACCACCAAACAAAUAACAAAAUAAGUCAUACUGAUUUUUUUUAUUACCUGCAAGUUUUGAAGGGAAAAAAACAUAAAAUAAAAUAAACAAACUUAAUGACUGUAUUGAACAAUCACAAUCAUGACAAAUUUUACAUCUAUUGAAAAAUAAUACAAAUUCCCUUGCUACAGGAAGUUUCUCCUUGUCCAGUGUC